AUGGAUUCCAAACUCCAUCCCGCCCUCACUGUCUCAAACAUCAAGACUCAUGUUCCCAUCAUUCUUGACAAAGACUCCACCCAUUAUACAACUUUGAAAACCUUAUUCAAGGUUCACUGCCAGAUCUACGAUGUCAUGGAUCACCUAUCUCCAAAACCCGCCGCCGCCUCUACUUCCUCGGACGCAUCAGCCGCUGAUAAGGUUGAAGCGGCGGCUGCCGAUGCCCUAUGGUCUCGCCUGGAUGCUCUUGUCCUUCGGUGGAUUUACGCCACCAUAUCUCCUGCUCUUUUGCAUACUAUCCUCAAACCCGGACAGACCGCUCAUGCCGCUUGGACCUCGGUUGAAAGUAAAUUUAAUGGCAACAAGAAUACCCGGGCAGUUUUUCUAGGCCAAGAAUUUGCCAACCUGUGCCUUGAGAACUUUUCGUCCAUGGCAGACUAUUGUCAGAAGGCCAAGCACCUGGCUGAUCAACUUGAUAGUGUCGGCUCACAUAUUGAUGAUCGCAUGCUCGUUUUCAAAAUCUUGACCGGCCUCACCGAGCAAUAUGACGGGAUAUCUACAGUGCUCCAGAAUCGUGACCCGUUACCGGACAUCAAUGAAGUUCGCUCUCGCCUGACCAGGGAAGAAACGAAGGAAAAGAGACACGCCACUCGGGCCGCCCAGUCGUCCGCCACUGCCCUCGCCGCCACUGUUACUCCUCAAACACAAAGCCCCACUCAACCAGCCCCUGCCUAUGCUCCAUCUGAUCGCAGCCGCGGUCGGGCUCGAGGACGCGGUCGCGGUCGGGGCCGUGGUUCUUCUAACCGUGACCGCGGGUAUGCACAGUAG